AUGAUUGGCGAAGAACCAAUCAGAAGACUGGUUACGAACCAGUUGAGCAAGGCUAACCUCGAUGUGGUUGGUAACCAGUCUUAUGAUUGGUUGUUGACAAAUGCUGAACAGGCCACGCCUCCAAACUGUGCCGUGCGAUCGGGCAAACCGUUAAGUAUUCUCUUUGUGAUAUCCAGAGCUGUUGAAAGUGAUUCUCAUCAAGAAGUUAAUUCACUGUUGACGGAAGAGACUUGUUAUGAUAAUUGGAUAGAAUAUGGAGAUUAUUGCUUUAAAGCCUACUCACGAGUAUAUGAAGAGAAACUUAACUGGUAUGGUGCAAGAUCAUUUUGUCGUGGCAUGGGUGCUGACUUAGCCAGUUUUCACAGUCAGGCAGAAGAACAGCAAGUUAUUCAGCAGACAAAUAAGUAUUAUGAGACAUAUUGGUAUGGUUUAAAUGAUAUAGACCAAGAAGGAACUUAUCAAUGGAGUGAUGGUUCAACAGUAACAUACACUAAUUGGGUAUAUGGUUCACCACCUUAUGAUUAUGAUGGUACCAGUGAUUGUGUUAGCUACUAUUGGCAAACAUACAACUCUUACUACAAUGGCUGGGACACUCAGAAUUGUGACCUUGCAAAAAACUCUUGGGUGUGUAAGGUUGCAAAAGGUGUUGAAUUAACAACGCCAACUCCACCUCCUCCACCAAAUUACUGCCAUGAAGACAACACAGGUACAGAUUGGUUAGAAUAUAACGGCAUGUGUUACUACUACAGUGAUCUAUCUGGUACUGAUGAAUCGAGUUGGACUGAAGCACGAGAGUUCUGUAAUUCUCAAGGUGGUGAGCUGGCAUCAAUACACAGUGAUAAUGAAACCGACUGGAUGUCUGCACAGGUAUAA